AUGAAGUUGCUAAAUCUUAUUAUAACGGAAUUAAAAGUUGCCAAGUAUUAUUCUAUCUCAGUAGAUUCUACCGUUGAUAGAAGUCACACUGAUCAACUAACGUUCGUCGUCCGGUACGUUAUAAACGGAAAAGCAGUCGAACGAUUUCUACAAUUCAUACAAAUUACAAAGCACGACGGCGAAUACUUAUUUAAUGUCGUAGUCGGAUUUUUAAAUCACUAUGGCAUCGCUAUUGCUGAUUGUCGAGGACAGGGGUACGAUAAUGCACCUAAUAUGUCUGGCUGCUACAGUGGCUUACAAGCAAGGUUUAAAGUACUCUGUCCCGAAGCCGUUUUUGUUGGUUGUUCUUGCCAUUCGUUGAAUUUAGUUGGCGUACAUUCAUGUUCUUGCCACGUUGAACUGAUAUCAUUUUUCAACCAUGUACAGGGUCUGUACGUUUUUCUCUCGGCUUCGCCGUAUCGAUGGAAUGUUUUGAAUUGUCAAAAUAUAACUUUAGUAUUGAAGGCAUUGUGUGGUACGCGUUGGUCUGAAAGAGCAGACGCUGUUCAUGCAUUGAAAGAAGGUUAUCCUAAAGUUAUAGAAACUUUGACGCUCUUAAAAGACGAUGAUAGGUUGGACAAAGAUGCUCAGCACCAAGCUUCCUGUUUACUCAGGAAAAUGAAUGAAAUAGAAACAACUUUUCUCACGAUUUUCUGGAAUGAAGUAUUAGCUCGUAUGAAUAAAACAUCCACAGUCUUACAAAAAGAGAGUGCGCAUCUGGCUGUUACUGUAGAAUUACUUACGUCGUUGGAAGUUUUUGUAAAAAGCUUGCGAACGAAAUUUGACCACUACGAAGCUGAAGCUAAAAAAUUAGUAAGCACUGAAACCUAUAAAACCAUGAAUAAACGCGCUAAAAGAAUAAGUACCAGAAUUGAGCAUCCAAGUAACUCGUCAGAAAAUACAGUUUUACAGGGGAAAGAAAAAUUCAAAGUCGAAGUUUUCUUCGUAGCAAUCGAUAAGCUGUCAGCUGAAUUAUCUCGCAGAAGUGAGCAAUACAAAAUUUUGUUGGAAAGAUUUUCUUUCAUUAUAGAUAUUUUGGAUUUAGAUGACAAUGGGAUUGAAAAAUCAGCUGAGAAAUUAUGUGAAUACUAUCCAAAGGAUUUGGACAGCGCAAAUAUAGCUUCAGAGUUUGUUCACUUCAAGAGUUAUCUGUCAAUCAAAGCUGAAUUCAAAGGAAAAGUGUGCAUCGGUGAAAUUUACAAAUUUAUGUAUGACCAGAAUCUCUUUAAGGUUUUUACGAAUGUUGAAAUUUCACUAAGAAUUUUGUUGAGUAUUAUGCCAACCAGCGCUAGUGGAGAAAGAUCUUUUUUAAGACUCAAAUUAAUUAAAGACGAGCACCGCACUACCAUGUCUCAAAAACGUUUGAAUGAGUACAGUCUUCUAUGUAUUGAGAAUGAAUUAUUAGAGACAAUAGAUUAUAAAUAUUAA